UCUCAUUCCUCAUUUCACUCAUACCCCACUCCCUCCUCAUUCACAUUCGCAACAUAGCAACCAUGUCUUCUCGUCUUGCCCAGAUCUCCUCCCACUUGACCAUCCAGCCCACCGCUGCGGAGGCUUCGGAAAUCCGCACAAAGAUCGGCGUCAAGUCGCCCGAUGAUGUUGUUAUCGUCGAUGCCGUCCGCACCCCCAUGACCCGCGGCAAGAAGGGUGGCUUCAAGGACACCGUUCCCGAGGAUCUCUUGGCCGCUGUCCUCAUCGCCAUCAAGGACCGCACUAAGAUCGACCCCGCUCUCGUUGACGAUAUUUGCGUUGGUAACGUUCUCCAGGCUGCCGGUGGUGCCACCGUCUCCCGCAUGGCUGCCCUCUACGCCGGAUACCCCGAAAAGACCUCGAUCUACACCACCAACCGCCAGUGCUCCUCUGGAUUGCAGGCCGUCGUCAACAUUGCCACCCACAUCCAGGCUGGCUUGAUCGACAUUGGUAUCGGUGCCGGUGUCGAGUCCAUGACCAUGGGAUACGGUCCCUCGGCCAUGGCCUCCCAGACCUCCGAGAAGAUCCCUGAUGCAUGCGAGCCUGCUGCUGACUGCCAGCUCCCCAUGGGUAUCACCUCCGAGAACGUUGCCAGCGAGUUCAACGUCACCCGUGAGAAGCAGGAUCAGUUCGCUGCCCUCUCCUUCGCCAAGGCCUCCAAGGCCCAGGCCGAGGGCAAGUUCGACAGCGAGAUUGUCGCCGUCAAGACCACCAUCAAGGAUGAGAACGAUAACGAGAAGGAGAUCAUCGUCUCCAAGGAUGAUGGUAUCCGUGCCGGCACCACUGUCGAGAAGUUGGCCAAGCUCCGCCCCGCCUUUGAUGGUGCCACCACCGCCGGUAACGCCUCCCAGGUUUCCGAUGGUGCUGCCGCCGUUCUGUUGAUGAAGCGCAAGACUGCCGAGAGAUUGGGUCUCCCCAUCCAAGGAAAGUACAUCGCCUCGGCCGUCGUUGGAUGCCCUCCCAAGAUCAUGGGUGUCGGCCCAGCUGUCGCCAUCCCCGCCGUCUGCAAGAAGGCCGGUGUCAAGAUCGAGGACAUUGAUGUCUUUGAGCUCAACGAGGCCUUCGCCUCCCAGGCCGUCUACAGCAUUGAGAAGUGCGGUUUGGAUAUCAACAAGGUCAACCCCGUCGGAGGUGCCAUUGCCAUGGGUCAUCCCUUGGGAUGCACCGGUGCUCGCCAGAUCGCCACCAUUCUCCCCGAGUUGAAGCGCCAGGGCAAGAAGCUCGGUUUGACCACCAUGUGCAUUGGUACCGGAAUGGGCAUGGCAUGCAUCAUCGAGCGGGAAUAAACGACUGGAUCGAUGGAAACAAAAACACUUGUAGUAGCGCGACCUUGUAAAAAAGGACUGAAUAAAUAGAAUUUGUAAAUAUACAACCAUGUAAAGCAAAAAAAAA